AUGAAAAAUAAUGCUGAAGGAUCAGAAUUUAUCAAAACUUACGAAAAUUUUCUUGUCUUUUCCUGUAUUACUGAAGAGGAGGAAGGACAAGUUAAUCAUUGCGGAUUUUUGGAGAAUUUGGAUAAAAUAAAUGAACAAAUAGAGAAAGUUAAUCAAAUAGAAAUAUAUCAUAUGGGCUUAAAAACGGAAGACUGUCCUACAGAACUUCCAAAAAUUAAUAAUGCGGAUGUACAACAAUUUCAUGUUGAAGAAGAGGAACAAUCAGAAAGGUGA